AUGGGCAACGUGCUGCGCUGGCUGCUCUACCGCUGGCGCACCGCCUCGCGUGCCGCGCGCUUCGGCGUCGUCGUGCUCGCGCUGCUCUACGGCGGCCUCACGCUCGCGUUUGUCAUUCUCGGCCCGCAGCGCACCGCGCAGAUGCUCGCCAGCGCCGGCACGUACAUCUCCUCGUCGCCGCACGGCAAGCUCGGCCUGCUGCUCGGCCUCUUCCUCACUGCGCUGCCGCCGCUGCCCGGCUACGGCACCGCCAUUACGCUCUGCGGCCUGGCGUACGGCUCGCCGGCGUCGCCGCCCGUGGGCACGCACGGGCUCUUCGAGGCGUGGAGCCUGGCCGCUGCCGGCUGCCUUGGCGGCGCGACGAUGUCGUUCCUCAUCAUGCGCGGCAUGCUGCGGGGCCCGGGACGGCAUUGGCUCUGGGUUAAGGGCAUCCGCGAUGACCGGCGUUGGGUCGCCAUGGAGGCAGCAGUGCGGGGGCGUGGCACGGGCAUGGUGGUCCUCAUCCGCUUCUGUCCUUUCCCGUUCUGCUACUCGAAUCUCUUCUUCGCGGCCAUGAGCUCUGUGUCGCUGCUGCAGUUCAUGCUCGCGACGGCGCUCAUCACGCCGAAGCUCGCGAUCCACGUCUACAUCGGCGCCCGCAUGUUCGAGCUGCUCGACUCGAAUGCGCGAGACCACCUCGACUGGCGCGGGCGGCUGCUGAACGCUGCGUACAUCGUCAUCGGUGACCUCGUCGGCUUCGGCACGGGCUGGUACGUGUGGCGCGAGACGCAGUCCAUCCUGCGCGCCUACGAGACCGAAGAGGCACGGCGCGGCUCAGAGGAGGGCGAGGCCGACACUGACCGGCUGCUCAUCACGACGCCCGACGAUGAGGUACCGCCACUGCUGCCUUCCAUACCCAGGGCAUGA